CCGGAUUGGUCGAGAACUCAGCGCACAUUUACAGGCUGAUCUGAGAGAGAGAAAGUCUGCUGAACGCCGGCAGAUGAGAGGACUCGGAGGAGAGACAUCCAAAACAACUGUUUGAAAGAAAAGAUAAGAAGAAACAUGGAAUCAAACGUGGAGCGAACGUUUGCUGACUUUUCUGGAUCCUGGAAAAUGAAAAGUUCAGAAUACUUCGAGGAGCUAUUGAAAGCACUCGGCGUAAAUGUCUUUCUGAGGAAGAUUGCAGUUGCAGCAGCCUCCAAACCAGCUGUUGAGAUUACACAGCAAGGGGAAAGCCUCUCCAUUCAGACUUCCACUAGCGUGCGGACCACUCAUGUGUCCUUCACGGUGGGCGAGUCCUUCAACGAGGCUACGGUGGAUGGACGCCCAUGCACAAGUUUUCCCAAAUGGGAAACAGACAGUAAAAUCACUUGUGAGCAGACACUGCAGAAGGGGGAGGGGCCUGAAACAUCAUGGACACGUGAACUGACCAAUGAUGGCCAGAUGAUUCUCACCAUGAGAGCCGGAGAUGUUGUCUGCACCCGUGUGUAUGAACGAGACUGAAGGAUUAGACCUCAGUUCAUUCCAUCUCAACUAUG